AUGUCCAAGUCUACCACUGUUCUCAUCACCGGCAUCGGUUUGGGCAUAGCCAAAGUCUAUCUUUCCCGCCCCAACCACAUCGUCAUCUGCAGUGUGCGCAGCGCCAAGACCGACGUCUCGGACCUCAAAGCCGUCUCCAAGGCCUCUGAUUCCAAGCUCAUUCUGGUGUACAUUGAGAGCACCUCCAAGACCGACCCCACCCAGGCCGUAGCAGACGUGAAGGCAGCCGGCGUCGACCACCUGGACGUGCUGAUUGCCAACGCGGGCGGCAUGCCCGAGGCCAACAAGCCACUGCUGGAGUUGGGCCCCGACGAGCUCUGCUGGUCCGUCCAGGUCAACGCCGCCGCGCCGCUGUUGGUUCUGCAGGCAUUCCUGCCGCUGCUCCAAAAGGCAGACUCGCCUCGCUUCGCCGUCAUCUCGUCCACCUCCGGAUCCAUCGAGUUUAUGAAGAACAUCUCGUCCUUCAUCUUUCCCGGUUAUGGUGCGGCCAAGGCCACGCUCAACUGGCUCACUAUGGGCGUCCAUCUGUCGCAGGAAUGGCUGACAACCCUCGUCAUUCACCCUGGUCUUGUCCAGAGCGAGCCUGGAAACUGGGUGGCCAAGCAGAUCGGAAUGGCGGAGGCCCCGACGACGAUUGAGCAAGCAGCUGAAGGUGUCGUAAACGCUAUUACCAAUGCUACACGUGAGUCCGUUGGUGGCAAGUUCCUAAGCACUUCGGACGGCAGUGUGCUCCCUUGGUAGAAGGGGGGGAAACUUGCCAAAACUGCGUAAUUUUGAUAGCUUGCAUUCACCAGGGUAACAAUCAGCCAAGAGGGAGAUUAUGUAGUACUAUUAGUUGACAUGGAAUUGGGAGACCAGCAGGAUUUUAUAUUGCGGUAGAUAGCAAAUAUGUGUACGCUGAAAUAGCCCCUGAUGAUCCAAAAAGAUCUGCGACUGAACUUGUGAGAGCUCACGUCUAUGGACAGAAGACGCUUUGACACCUAGUACUUUUGCUGUCAUUUAGCUUUAGUAGCCAACACCUUUGCCCGAGACUUGUUCUGCAAAUACCAAUGGAAUGCGAGAAAGAUGGUAUCAACCUGUACCAGUUGUAACAACUAUUGACGUGGUAUAGAAAAGCCGUUCUGGGCUUUUGAGAAGACGAUUG